AUGGAUGACCAACUGGACGAGAAAAUCGGGGAAAGCUCAGGAGGUGUCUCCUUCGCCGAAGUGGAGAUGGACAGCCCUGAUAUGGGUGGGCUGGCAGGACUGCCAUUGCGGUACGGUAUCAAUAGCAUACCUACGCUGCUUGCUUUCGAUCGGCAAGAGCCGCAGAUUGAGACCAAGGUUGCGCGAUUGGACGAUUUGAAGUCCAAGGAGUUCUUGAGGAAGUGGAUUGAGACUGAGGCGGCUAGACAUGGCAGCGGAGGGGCGGGAGGUACAUUCAGGGGUCUGUUCGGUCGGUAA